GAUACAGCUCUUCUUCUUUGUUUUUCCAAUUGGUUUGGUUUUUCCUUGUGAAUAAAAAUAUUAAAUUAAAACCAUGUCGCUGCUGCAAAAACUGAGCAGAUCCGGAUUCCAGAUGGCUUCCUUGAGCUCCCGCCAUCGAAUGCCAGUGGCCAUGCGGUUGAUUAGUGGGGAAACCGAAAAACCAGCGGAGGGAGCUACUCCCGUAGAGAAUCCGGCGGAGAUUGGCGGCAGCAAGGGAGGAUUUGCACGCGCCUUCGACAAGUACACGGCCCCUGCCACGCCCACUCAGCCGGAGGAGGACAACCAAACCUUCGCCUCCCUGCUCCGCAACUCCAAGAUGAUAGAUUUGGGCAGCGCCGAGGGUAAGGUGGUCAGUGGAAAGAUCUUCCAUGUGGUGGGCGAUGAUCUCUACAUUGACUUUGGCUGGAAAUUCCACUGCGUCUGCAGUCGUCCAGCUCGCAAUGCCAGUGACUAUGUUCGAGGAGCACGCGUUCGGCUGCGCAUCAAGGACCUGGAGCUGUCCACCAAGUUUCUGGGCUCCUCCAAGGACAUCACCAUUCUGGAGGCCGACUGCCAGCUGUUGGGAAUCCUGUCCACGCCCACCCGCCAGUCGACGGCCAGAACAACGCCCAAAAUCGAAGAUAUCUUAUAAAUCCUUUAUUAAACCAAGGUCUGUUAAAUGUUA